ACUAUUCUUCGGUUGAAACUACAAAACGAUAAAUACGAGAUUCAAAAGAACAACCAGAAGAGAGGGAAAUCCUAAAUUUCCCUAUUAUUUUCAUUCGAACUGAGAGACAAGAGGUAAAACCAGAUAAACCAUUAAAACUAAAGAGAGGGAAACCCUAGAAUUAUCAUUUAUCUCGUUCUUCAAUUAGUUGCAGAGAGACAUGGCUGGAAGAUAUGCGCAUGGGUCGUCUGACUCAAUUGAAAUGCAAGUGAUAACCACACCAUCGACAGAUCUUGCCCUAACCAACUUAGCCUACUGUUCGCAUUGGGAUCUCAGGCGUUUUGAUCUCAAUCGUUCAGGCUACGCCCUUGUCUCGUUUAGAGAUUCAAUAGUUCUCACUGUAACUGUUCAUGAAAGGGUGAAUGAUGGAUGCAUAGCUUUAAAUGUUAUCCAACGAAAGAAUGUAAAAGUUUCUGUUGACGACCCAAUCCAUGUUACUAGAUUUGUGCCACCAGAGGAUUUUAAUCUGGCAUUGUUGACGGUGGACUUGGACUUUGUAAAGGCCAAGGGUAAAAGUGAAGAGAUAGAUGCUGUACAACUCUCUCAACAACUCCGUAAAAGAUGUCUAUAUCAGGUUAUGACCGUGGGGCAGAGGGUACUCUUUGAAUACCAUGGGACAAAUUAUAUUUUCACGGUUAAUCAAGCUGUUAUUGAGGGUCAGGAAGAGUCUGAAACAUUUGAAAGAGGAAUGAUUUCUCCUGAGACGUAUAUUGUGUUUGAAUGUUCUCCAAAUACAGGGAUAAAGAUAGUCAAUCAACGGGAAGCUGCUAACAGUAAAAUUUUUAAGCAAAAAGAUUUCAACCUUCUGUCGCUUGGCAUUGGCGGUCUAAGUGCAGAAUUCACAGACAUAUUUCGUAGAGCAUUUGCCUCUCGAGUUUUUCCAGCACAUGUGACGAACAAAUUGGGUAUCAAGCAUGUCAAGGGAAUGCUGCUCUAUGGGCCUCCUGGUACUGGCAAGACGCUUAUGGCUCGGCAGAUUGGAAAAAUGUUGAAUGGUCGGGAACCAAAGAUCGUUAAUGGACCUGAAGUUCUGAGCAAAUUUGUUGGGGAAACUGAAAAAAAUGUUCGGGAUUUGUUUGCUGAUGCAGAGAAUGAUCAGAGGACCCGUGGUGAUCAAAGUGAUUUGCAUGUCAUCAUUUUUGAUGAGAUCGAUGCCAUUUGUAAGUCAAGAGGAUCAACAAGAGAUGGGACUGGAGUACAUGAUAGCAUUGUGAAUCAACUUCUUACAAAGAUAGAUGGUGUUGAGUCUUUAAACAAUGUUUUGCUGAUUGGAAUGACCAACCGGAAGGAUUUACUUGAUGAAGCUCUAUUGAGGCCCGGACGUUUGGAAGUUCAAGUUGAGAUCAGUCUCCCUGAUGAAAAUGGUCGUUUGCAAAUCCUUCAAAUACACACAAACAAAAUGAAAGAAAAUUCUUUUCUGGCUCCAGAUGUGAGCCUUCAGGAGCUUGCUGCCCGCACAAAGAAUUACAGUGGUGCUGAACUUGAAGGAGUCGUCAAAAGCGCAGUCUCAUUUGCAUUGAAUAGGCAGAUUAGUCUUGAUGACCUUACUAAGCCUUUGCAUGAAGAAAACAUAAAGGUUACCAUGGAUGAUUUUCUGAAUGCUCUCCACGAAAUUACUCCUGCCUUUGGGGCCUCUACAGACAACCUUGAGAGAUGCAGACUUAAUGGCAUGGCGGACUGUGGAGGGAGACAUAAGCACAUCUACAAAAGGGCAAUGUUGCUUGUUGAGCAAGUGAAAGUGAGCAAAGGAAGUCCCCUUGUUACUUGCCUUCUAGAAGGGCCAGGUGGCAGUGGUAAGACUGCCAUGGCUGCCACAAUUGGUCUUGACAGCGAUUUUGCUUAUGUUAAAAUUAUAUCUGCAGAGACAAUGAUUGGUUUAAGUGAGGCCAGCAAAUGUGCUCAAAUUGUCAAGGUGUUUGAGGAUGCUUACAAGUCUCAAUUAAGUAUUAUCAUCCUCGAUGACAUUGAAAGGCUAUUGGAGUAUGUGCCUAUUGGUCCACGAUUUUCCAAUUUGAUUUCACAGACAUUGAUGGUGCUCCUCAAGAGACUUCCUCCCAAGGGUAAAAAUGUUCUGGUGAUCGGCACAACCAGUGAGGUGGGCUUUUUGGAGAGUCUUGGUAUCUGUGAUGCAUUCUCUGUCACUUAUCAUGUCCCGACCUUGCACACUGAAGAUGCUAAGAAGGUUUUGGCUGCGCUUAAUGUGUUCUCUGAAGAUGAUAUAGAUGCAGCAGCAGAAGCAUUAAACAACAUGCCAAUCAAGAAGCUCUAUAUGCUGGUGGAGAUGGCAGCCCAAGGUGAAAAAGGUGGCAACUCUGAAGCUAUUUAUUCUGGUAGAGAGAAGAUCAACAUCAACCAUUUCUUCGACUGCCUCGGUGACAUUGUCUCUGUAUAUAGGUGAAUCUCUUGCACAUUUUUAAGACUAAUUUUCUGUGGGGGUGUGUGCUGAUUUCAUUGUGGCGUUUUAUUCUUCACAUCUUUUAGAUUUUGAUUCUUGGUGACAUCUUUAUUGAUGCUUGGUUGUAUCAUAAAAGUUGAGCUUCAUUGUGAGUUGUUUUACUGUAUAUUGAGGCAUUUUUAGCAUUCCAUUGUUAAAUUCAAGAUUUUUUA